AUGUACCACCACAUCCACUCCGCCAAGAUCAAGGUGGCCGACCCCAGUCACCAGCCCCUGGACACGGUCGCCCAACUGGAAUGGCUGGGGGGCGACGAGCGCUUUUUCGUGGCAGGCGGCUGGGACGGCUACCUCCGGGUCUACACCAUCGAGAACAGUACCUAUACUCAGUCCAUCAAAGAGGUUUUCAGUCUGUUCCUCGGUGAGCCCAUCAUCUGCAUGGCCAUCGUCCAAAGCCACGUCUGUGUCGGGCUGGCCAAUGGCGCGAUUUACUUCAUUGACCUGAACUCGAAAUCGCAGAGCUUGGUGGGCCGGCACGAGGGCCCGGUCACGAUGCUGGCGUGGAAGGAGAACAUGGCCAUGCUGGUGUCAGGGGGGACGGACAAGAAGGUGUUCUUCUGGCGACUGGGCGACCCCAGCCCGUCCGGCUCACACAUCCUGGGAGAGCGCGUGCUGAACGGGGACCUACGGGGGAACGCCCUGGUGCUGGGCCUGUCGAACGAGAACUACAUCUGUUGCAACCUUGACCUGACGAUGAAGCAGGACAUGGUGAGAUCCUCACUGGGCUCAUACUCGGUGCUGUCGGCGGUGCGCUUCAACCAGCAGCUGAGCAUCUGCCUCAUGGGCUCGAUCGACGGCCGCGUGGCCAUCAACAACGUCGGCAAGAGGCACGAGCAGUACGAACUGGAAAAGGCCCUGAUCUUCAAGGCCUGCAAGGUAGAGAAAGAGACCUCGUCCUACAUCAAGACGGAUAUAAGCCAUCCCAUCAACUGCAUGGACUUCCACCCCCAUCACUCCGAGAACUUUGCCUGCGGGUCCGCUACCAACAAGCUCGCCAUCUGGAACACCAGCAGUCGCAACCAUGUGAUGAUCAUCGACGUGGACUCCCCGGUGACGGCGGUGCGUUUCUCUCCCUCGGGAAAGUUGCUGGCCUACGCUCUGGGCGACGACUGGCGCAACGGACUCUGCAUGUUCGGCAAGGUCGCCCCCAGCAUCCUGGUCGAAAGGCUCUGA